CCCUGGACCGCGGGGGAGGGGGGUGUCCACGCCCCGACGCUCCGCCCUGGCCCCGCCCCACUCCUGCUCUAAGGCCGCGGCGCCCGGUCCGCACGCGUGCGCUCAGCGGUUGCCCCCCAUCCGCUGGCCCGCCCAGCUCGCGCGGUUGUCGUGGAGAGGGACGCCGAAGCGACGCCCCUGCGGAUCGCCAGGUCGGCGGACGCGGAACAGAGACCCCUGAUCGGCCGCCGCCUGGAGAACCACCAGCCAGGGUCCUGCCUUCUCGCCCCGGUGAGUCGUCGCGGACCGCACCAACAUGUCCGGAGAGGCGAGCGCACAGGGGACCUCGCCCAGGGCCCCGCGUCCCGCGACCCAGAAGUCGUCUGGCACCGCGAGCAAGAAGGGGGAUCGCGGAGCCAAGGAGAAGCCGGUGACCGUCCUGCCGCAGGUGGGCGAGGAGGAGCCCAAAAACCCAGAGGAGUACCAGUGCACCGGCUCCCUGGAGACCGAUUUCGCAGAGCUCUGCAAGCGCUCUGGAUACACGGACUUCCCCAAAGUUGUCACCCGGCCCCGCCCGCACCCGAACUUCGCCGUGUCCUCCUCUCUGUCGGAAAAGCCCACCCUAGGUGAGUGACAGUGGAGCCCCGGUGUGUCCGCUAGGGCCACCACCUCGUCCAUCCUCAGCCUCCGGUUCGUUGCACGGGGGCACCUGACUCCUUCCCCUCCCGCAGGUUGGAAGGUUGAGGAGCGGAUCUUGGGCAUUUUCUCUAAAUGCCUGCCUCCCCUCAGCCAGCUGCAAGCCAUCAACUUGUGGAAGGCCGGGCUCACUGAGAAGACCCUGGACACCUUCAUCGCUCUCCUUCCUCUCUGCUCGCCCACGCUCAGGAAGGUGACUCUGGAGGGGAACCCACUGCCGGAGCAGUCGUAUCACAAGCUCAUGACACAGGACAGCGCGGUCGUGCACUUGUCUCUGCGGAACAACGACAUCGAUGACCACGGGGCGCAGCUUUUAGGCCAGGCUCUGUCGAGGCUGCACAGCUGCAACCGGACCCUGAUCUCGCUCAACCUGGGCUUUAACCACAUCGGGGACGAGGGCGCGGGCUACAUCGCCGAUGGCCUCCGGCUGAACCGCUCCCUGCUCUGGCUGUCCCUGGCCCACAACCGCAUCCAGGACACAGGCGCCCUGAAGCUGGCCGAGGUCCUGCGGCCCUACGAGCUGGAGCACCGCGAACUGGUGGAGCGCCGGCGCCUCCUGCUGGCGAAGGGGGCGCGGGAGCGCUCGCAGUCGCCUUCCUCCUCUCGGCACGUGGACUCCAAAGUGGACCGUGAGAAGAAUCAGCUGACGGGGCUCCUUUCUGGCUCCCUGGUGGACAAGACGGAGAAGAUGCAGGCAGUGAGGACGGCUAAGGGACUGGGCAAGAAGAAGGAGAAGUCGGGGGAAGUGGUGAAGAAAGAGGAGAAGCUGGGGUCUGGGCAGUCACCCACACAAGGAACCCCGAAGAAGGAAGACCCCGCAAAGGCAGUCAAGGGGAAGGUAACCAUUUCUGAGCAGAAAGUGACCAAGGGGAAAGGGCCCAAGACGGGGAACAAGGAGAAACGCAACACCCUCCUGGACUCAGAGCUCGUUGCUGAAGCUACUGAGAUGCUCAGCCCUCUCCUGGAGCCCGUGGUCCACCGCGACGGCAAAGUCUUCACGGCUGGGAACAAGGUCCUCUUGUACCUCAACCUCGCCCGAAACCGCAUCACCGAGGUGGGGCUGGAUGGCUUCCUCACCACAGUGCAGUACCAGGCCCAGUUCCUCAAGUCCAGGAGUGCGUCCAAGGGCCCCGUGGGGCUGCUGCGGCUGUGCCUGGCGAAAAACUGCUUCUCCCUGCCAUGUCCUGCGUACACCACAAUCCAGGAGCUGAUGCUGUCAAGGGACCCCAUCAGCAAGGCCAAGGCCAGGGAGGAGGAGGCCGUGGCGCCCUCCACCUAAGCCCCCAGAGGCCCCUGCUGUCCUUGUGGGCUGAGCUCCUGGGGACAGCUCAGAUCAUUAACAAAGGCUGUUGGACUUCUUUCUGCGAGGUUGUCUGAAAACUUUGUUCCAGAACUACAGGCACUUAGAACAUUUGGACCAAGUCACUCUCUCCUGUGUCCCCUGGAGAACAUGUGCCUGCAGAUGUCCUCGAUCUAAACCAGGGGCAGCCGACGAUGUGGGGGCUUGUCAGUCAGGAGAGCUGGGGCCCAGCAGGGCUGCCUCCUGAGAGGACCCACGGGCAGGGCUCAGAGCGCACAGGCUGGCUUCUGGGGAGCCAACGUCCAGGAGCUUCCAGAAGUGUCCCUUUGUCACCUCUGGGCAGACUUGAGCUGGUGCAUGUCCCCUCCUGUUGCCUCAGCAGAGACCUCUCCCCUGCCAGAGCGGGUGGCUCUGGACCGCAAGCUCACAGCAGGUGCUCAUCAAGGGUCAGUCACCUCAGCCCCCGUCACUCGCUGGAGUCCUUCGGAGCUUCAGCGAACGCUCACAGCGCCCUCUUCCCCCUGCACUGUCACCGUGAGAGGGCAGCACACCCACGGGGUCUGCAGACCCAGCACUAUGCCACGAUUGGGCGACAGUGAGGGCAGGUCCAAGCCUGGGGACCGCGUCUGCCACUGCAGGCUUCCAGGGGGUCGGGGCCUGCGGGAGGGUGUGCAGGCUGACAGCCAGGAGCUGGCCGGGCCUUGAGCUGACCCUCCCCUCAUGUUUGCUGGAAAAAUCCUGAAGCUUCCUGGGGCUAGUGAGGCCUCGUGACUCUGGGCCCAGUGCUCCUUGCAGGUGUGUGUGUGUCCACUGUGGGAUCCACGUCAUCUCGCGCUGGCCAGGCUGUGCCAUUUGGUGUGCCCAGCCGGGUCCCAUGGGCACACCUGGGGCCUGGCUGCCAGG